AUGCGUGAUGUGCUUCGACGUCGUGGUCUCCCGUCAGCAAGUUUGAAUUUUCUUCUAGAGAAUAGAGAGCGGGAGAGAGAGCUACAUCGCAAGCGGGACACCCUUAUUCGCGAAAGAAAGGCAGAAGGAGCGAAGCUUGCUCUACUUAAAGCACAGAAAUCCAAUCUGGCAGAGGUUGAUUCUGUUCAAAGUGCCCUCACGGCAUUGAAACCAACAAUCACGCAUGUUGAGAACUGCCUCUCUGAAUUGUCCGAACAAAUCCAUGCGCAUGCUGAAUCCUUGCCAAAUUGGCUUGAUCCUACAGUACCUCAGGAUCCCAUAGAGCCUGCGACCGUAUCCGUUAUCAAUGGUACUUCUGAGGAAUCUAUCAUCGCCGCGAUGCCGAAGAAUAAAGCAGACCAUAAGACUAUUGCUGAGACAUUUGGGCUAGUCGACUUCACAACAGCAUCAAGAAUAUCAGGUUCUUCUUGGUAUUAUCUAGUUGGAGAUGCCGCUCUCCUAGAACAAGCCCUCGUUCAAUACGCUCUCCGAAAAGCCAGAGAAGCAGGCUAUAUCAUGGUAUCUCCGCCCUCAAUUGUGCGUAAAGAAAUUACUCAUGCAUGCGGAUUCAAGCCACGGGAUCAUAAUGGAGAGAAGCAAGUUUACGAAAUAGAAGGAGAGGCUCUCGUGCUUACAGGAACUGCUGAAAUUCCAUUGGGGGCUCUUCAUUCCUCCUCAAUACUCUCGUGGGAACAGCUUCCAAUCAAAUAUGUGGGCGUUUCACGGUCAUAUAGGGCAGAGGCAGGCGCAAAUGGCAAGGAUACAACAGGAUUGUACAGGGUACAUGAGUUCACAAAGGUUGAGUUGUUCCAUUUUACCACUCCUGACAAGUCCGGGGAUGAGCUUGAAGAGCUUAGAGACUUUCAAACCUCUAUUAUUAAAGAUUUAGGACUCAAAGCACGUUUUCUCAAUAUGCCUACCACAGAUCUAGGCUCUCCUGCUGUGAAAAAAUAUGAUUGUGAAGCUUGGAUGCCUGGUAGAGGUAGUUGGGGAGAGCUCACAAGUUGUUCAAAUUGUACAGACUAUCAAAGCAGGCGGCUCGGUAUACGUUAUAAGUCCAAAGAGGGGAACUUUUAUGUUCACACAUUGAAUGGAACUGCCAUGGCUGUACCAAGGGUACUUGUUGCCCUUAUUGAGCAAAACUACGACCCAGGCACUGACACUAUUGUGAUUCCUGAGGUUCUCAGACCAUACAUGGAUGGAAAAUCGGCCAUAUUCAGGCAGUCAAACUGA